AUGCAGAACGUCCCGGUCGGCAAUUCGAGUCCCAGCGGGAAUGCUGGUUAUGUCCGCCAUACUGCUACUAACACCAUACCAGCCACUCCUCAAAUUCAACCUGCAACAAGCCCUGGUCAACAACCAGGUAACAAUGCGUACUUCAGCUCAGUACAAGUAGUAGACCCAGCAGCGGCAUUCCCGUUCAACAUCGACCCAGUUAACCAAUAUCUCGCUGGCUAUCCGACCGCUAUGGCCCCACCCCCUGCCAUCAACAACUUCGACCCCAGUCAGCUUGCUCUUCCAUUGGUUGCGUACCAGCCACGAGUGGAGAUUCCAGAACAAUUCUUCGUGAACCACCAACCCAUGGCUCCCUUGCCGGAAGCUGCUGCGGGCCUACCCGCGCUCGGAGGUCUCAGGCAACAACCUCCGAGUAUGACGUAA